AAACUUCUCUAUACGAUGAAUCUAUUCAAUCUACGACAGCUAUAUGACUGCUUUUGGAGUGGGGCGGUCUCCAGAGCAGAACUCCACACCUGUUUACCGACUGCCAUUGAACACACGACGAUCAUUGGCGAGACGAAACGCAUCCAGCAAAAAGGCGCCAAUGCUGAAAAAACAUCCCCGAGGAUUCGGUUUCGUCAAGCCGUUUAUAGGAAUUUCUGGAAAGAAAAGGAUCGGGAAGGGAAUUGCGUUUCUAGCAGGAUUGUCUUCGUAACGAUCAGCAAGCAUCAUCCCGUUGAGCGUUUACGCCUACGCCAAUUCGUUAUUGGUAAACGGACCUACAGCUACGUCGAAAUGGUGUCCGCCUCGGAGUCAUACCGUGUGUUCACAUUGUUCGCAGAACAGGCGACUAAAGUUGAUAUGGCGCUUUCCGAGAAAAACAUCGACCAAUCACGCAUACUCAUCCGAGAGUUGCAGACGUUGGUAAAUUCGCAGGCCGCCGUACUGCCAUCUAGGGACCUGCAAACAUAUCGCGAACGAAUCGAAAACUACAAAAAAAAGCUUGACGAUAUCAAGGCGCCUAAGAAAAGAUUCGCAUUUAGUAAAGCCAUGAAGGACGCUCACUCGGAAAGGUUGCAAGGAGCCGAGCAAAAGGCGAAAGUUGCAGAGGCACAAUUACAACAGCCAGGUGCAGCAAGUAGCGCUGGAGAUAGAGUUAAGAGUGUGGCUAAUGCGACGUUUUCCUUGGAAGGCAAGCGUGGCGAAAACUUGGAGUUGAAUAAUGUUCACGGAGAGGUGGAGCUAAACGAUCUCGAAAAGUGUCGAGUCGUAAUUCGAGGAUGGCCGAGCACGCUGUAUGUGAACGACGUACAUGACUCUACGCUGAUCUGCGAUCCAGUGGCAAAUUCAGUACUUAUUGUUGGUUUCCAUGGCAGUUCCCUACAGGUGGCUUGCCAACAGUUACGCGUCCACAAAGCUACCGAAGCAACGUUUCGGCUGCAUAUCACUUCCAGAUCGAUCAUAGAGGACUGCCACAACAUUAAAUUCGGUUCGCUUCCAUCAGAUUAUUCGGCUAGCGAAAAUUCGUGGUCUCGAUCGGGUCUUGACAGGUCAACAAACAAUUUUUUCAGGGUAGACGAUUUCAACUGGCUCAGUACCACUCAACCGUCACCAAAUUGGAAGCUUCUAGAUUAGUUUACAAUCUCUGGUUAAGAAUCAAACAACCGUAGAAACUUGCGGAAAUUUUGCAAUACAAACUAAUGCAACUUGAACUAUUGCUACUAUUAAGACGCGCGCAAAUAA